AUGAGCACUCACAUCAAGUGUGCUGGGAGUGUAGAGGAGAAGGCGAAGCAGCAAGGCUCUGAGAAGGCUUCACGGCAGGUGCAGCGUGUGAAAUGGCUCUUAGGGGAAGAGGAGCGUUUUUGUGGACAGAGAGUGGUCUGUGUUCAGCUCAGCCUUCCCUGUCUGUACCCUGUCUGUGGAUACAAAGGUAUCCUCUCUUGCCCUCGCAUCAGCUUGACAACUGUGCUGGUAACCACAUGGGAAAUAAUCCUCAGAGACAAGCCUUCGUGCACCAGAGCCUACAGGAGAGAUACAAAUGAGACCAGGGCCAUAAACUGUAGUGACGAGACAAUAUCCUGGGACUCCAGACUGGAUCAGAAUCCUGCCCUUCAGAUCGAUCCAGUGGCCAUCACUCAUGAUGGAUAUUACAGGUGUGAAGUGGUCACAACUCAUGGGCAUUUCUAUCAUGGAUAUCACCUGACAGUGUUAGUGCCCCCCGAGGUGACCCUGUUUCAACUUGAGAAUGGGACUAUCGUGUGUAGGGAAGCUGCAGGGAAGCCAGCGGCGCAGAUCUCCUGGACCCCAGGGGGAGAUUGUCACACUGUGGAAGAGCCACUGGGCAAUGACACAGUGACCGUCCAGAGUUCGUGCGUCCAGAGUUCGUGCCGCUGGGAAGACCACCGGGUGUCUAAGGUGUCCUGCUCUGUAGAAUUCUGUUAG